AUGGAUGGCGUCAAUUUUUUUAGAUGGUGUAAUGUUUUCCAGUCAUUAACCUUGAGAGGAUUACUCAAUCAUUACUUCACUGUUCAUAGCAACGAGACGAACUUUCGUGUCGUCUGUGGCGUGAAUCAAUGUCCAGCAAUAUUCACGAAAUACAAUUCGUUAUACAAGCAUGUUACUAGACAACAUCGUGACACCUACGACGUUCCUCGAGGAAAUAACACAGCAAACAGACAUGAAGAAAUCCAUCAACAUCGAAAUGGGGUCAAUGGAUUUGACAGUGAUGUAAAUCUUACCAGUUCUGAUGAAGAAAGCGACAGUGAUCAGGGAGAGGGCAUGGCUACUGAUCAUGAAGACCAGGUAAAUAAUUUAUAUCAUGUAGUAGCACGUUUAUAGUCACUCAACAUCAUCAGAGAAUGAGAGGAUUGUAAUUAUGUAGUACAGGCUUGAUGUCAGGGGCGGAGCGAAGACUAUUCUUUUCGGGGGGUGCAAAACAACUUUUUGCUGACAAAAGGGCGUGGCUAGCGAGCGGCUAGCAAAGCGAACCGUAUUCAUUUUUAAGUGAUCUACAAUGAUUAACUCCGAGUAGUAAGAUAAUUUAUUUUAAUUUAUUUUUAAAAUGGGCGAAAUAGUUCCGAAAAAAAAUCGAAAAAGCACAUCCAUUCGUCAUCAAACGACCGAUUGCAAACUAAACACGUCAGUUUCUCUCUCUUCCGUUUGCGUUUUUGCUUGCUACUGUCGAUACUUUUAAAUCAUCUCCGUAUUUUUCAUUGUAUAAAAGACCGUUAGGUGUAAUUUCUAAGACCUUUACUGGCUUUACAAGAUUAUGAAAUCAGAAGCGCAGACGCAUCAACAGUCAACACGCACAUGUGCUUCGAAUUUCCUAGCUAUAUGGUAUACUUCACAAAAUUGCAAGAAAAUAUAAUACUAUUAAAUAGCGUAUUAGCGUAAUAAGUUCUUGGCCAAUUUAGCCGAAUGUUCGGGCCGAGCUUUCAGUCGACAUAUCCAUCUUUUCGAUCUCGCAUUUUCUACAAAUUUUCUGCAAUCUCUCUCCAAUCUGCAAUCUCUCUCCAAUCAGGUAUUGCCUAUUGGCUUGAUCCAAUUUAUUUUGCCGACAACUGAUUUAUUGUGCCGACGGACACGGCAUUGGGGGCGUGCGGCACCCCCCGCACCCCCCCCCCCCUUAGCUACGCCCCUGCUUGAUGUAGUUUAUAUUGAGUCGUAUUGACAAAAAUUGACAAAUUUUUUGACAGAUUGACUCAGUGGAUAUACAAAGAAGUGCAGCAUCAUUUAUGCUUAAAGUUAAAGAGAGGAAUAAACUGCCACAGGUUUGUAAAAUCUCCUAAUACCAGUACUUACUGUUUCCCAGAGUCAACAAGUCGAAUAAAUUGGUGUAAUCUUUCUAAACACAGGAUGGCUGUUCUAGGCUUCUUCCCUGUAAAAUCAUCUGGAAUAGCCAAAGUAAAGCACUCUGGUGGCUAACAAUAUAAUAGUACUAAAGGCAGAAAAAUCAUGUUCUUAUUUUAUGCCUAACUACAUUGUACAUUAUAUUUAGACUGCAAUGAAUACAAUCAUGGAGAGUACUUCCUGUUUGGUAAACCAGGUAUUGAAAUCUGUAAAGCAACAACUAAUUACAGCUAUUGGGCCUUGUGAACCACAACAUCAAGCUAUACUUGAACAGGCAUUUGACCAAGUUCCGGAUCCUUUCUCAGGGAUUGAAACUGAAGCAUUAUGUUCAUCAUACAUCAAAAAGACAUUUAACUAUGUUCAAUACAAAGAAGUAUCCCUUGGAAAAAAGUUAGUGAGAAAGAAGAAAGGGCAAAAACUGAUAAUUAGUGAAAAGGAUGAAACAUUCAUCUACAUACCCAUUUUAGAAAGUCUUAAUCAAUUGUUGAGUAACAAGAGAAUAGCUGCAAUUAUCCUAAGGAAGCCAAAGCUGUGUGAAGCAGGGGUUAUGUAUGACAUCUGUGAUGGAUCCAUUUAUCGUAAUGAUGAGUAUUUUAAAGAGCUUCCAGAUGCAUUGGUGUUGAUACUCUACCACGACGAGUUGGAGGUAUGCAAUCCACUUGGUAGUAAAGCUGGAACUCAUAAAGUGGACAUGUUUUACUACACAGUCGCUAAUUUUGGUCCAAAAUUUCGAUCAAAGGUAGCUGCAGUCAGACUUUUGGCAAUUGCUAAUGCCAAUUUGGUAAAAAAAUAUGGCAUUCAAAGCAUCAUGAAUUAUUGAGGAUAUCAAUAUCCUACAUGGUGGUGUACCAAUGGAGAUCAAUGGAGUCGAAAGACAAGUAUUGUCUUGUAUUGUCUUGCACUGGAGAUACAUUGGGGCUUCACUUGUGGGGUGCUUACAAGGAAGGAGUUGGAGUUGCCUGCCAAGUGAGUAUUAACUGGUGUGUGCAAUUGUAAUGACUCUUGUGUUCUUCGCUCUCUUUGAUUUAAUUGUUACAGUAUACUGUAUAAUUUUUUUUUAUUUAAACGUAUAUAUAUUCUUAGCGUUAACCCAAAAGCAUAAACGCUUAUCGAAUGGUUCACGCUACACAUUUGACAAUGCAAUUAAAACAUUACACAACAGGAGAAGACAAUAUAUAAUAAAAGUAAACAAUACCAUAUAACAAAAAAGAAUGAUCAAAGCUGGUUCAAUGCAAGGAUCCAACCAGAAAAUAUUAAUUCUUUGGAAAACGAUUAGUUUCCCGAAUAUAUUUUUGGACAUGCUUAAAUAGACAUUGAUUAUUGUCUGUACUCAAAUCAGCUGAACCAAAUAAAAGUAAGUUCAAAUUUUUUGAAUCCGGCAAGAGAUACCAGCCAUCGCCAUAAACUUGAGCAGCAGCCGAGAGUAAGAACGAUCUAGGAACAGCAUACCGGGGGCAAUAGAGGAGACAAUGAAUUACUGUUUCAUAAUAAAAGCCACAUGAACAUCCUGGAGAUGGACUACAAUUAAUUUUAAACAAAUAAUAAUUUAAACCAUUACAAUUUAAGCGGAGACGAGUGUGUAAAAUUGACGAAGAUCUGUCAACUGAAAAAUCAUAAUAGCUAUAGUAUAAGUUUGAAUAUCAAGAAAUAAAUUCAAUGAAUUCUUAAUUAUACUAAUCGAUUACAAAUUGCGAUAAAUAUAGUCAAUACUAUUCCAUAACAUAGUAGUUGAAGGACGGAACGAUUUUAAUAACUGUAUAAUUAUGUAUGGUUCAUUAAAAAUAUGCCAUUGAAUAAUUUGGUAUAAUUUGGCUAAUGUGUAACCAAGAGACAUUGGGAAGUUAGGUUUGUUAACAUGUACUAGACUAAUAAUUCCAAAGAGUAUCUUUGUUUAGUUUGACAUUUCAUAGGUAUAUAUGCAUAUAUUUCAGGUGAUGUAUUUUAUUAACAGUCUGAAUCUUCGUGGUUGUUUUUAGAACUUGUAACUAUAGCUUCUAUACUAUAGCUUGUAUACUAUAGCUUCUUUAUUUUUAGAAAUGCAGGACUUGUUACUGUACAUUUGAGAAGAUGCAACAGGAGUUUUUGGAACAAGCCUUUACACUACGCACCCAGGCGAACUAUGAUAGAGAGUGUACUGAUAUAGAGGAGGCCCCAACUGAUGCAGUACGCAGUGACUUAUGCACAACAUAUGGUAUAAACAAAAGAAGCUCUUUAUGCAAUUUACCUGACUUUGAUGUCACAAAACAACUACCUCAGGACAUCAUGCAUACGUUAUUGGAAGGAACUGUCCAAUAUGAAUUGAGGUUUGUCAAACUUGAAAUUAUUACAAUUAAUAUUUAUAUUAAGACCCCUUCAAAUACCCCCUCUCUAAUGAGCCCCCAGGGAAUAAGCCCCUCUCCCAGGGAAUAAGCCCCCUCCCCAAAAAGGUCGAAAGGCAAACAUAAGGAAGUCGAAAUAGUCGAAACUGAAAAAGGCCUGAAUUCAGGGUAUACAGAGAGAUUACAGCAUACAUGUAGCAGGGAGAGAAGAAGCUGAAGUCAGCUUUGCAUUAUUACAGGUUGAAUUGUUAAGUAACGUUACAUCAAUGCAGUAACGCAUAUCUAAAAUUCUGUAGGAUGGCAAGUGUAAGAGAAAAUAAUGUUGUUCAUCUGAAAAAUCUAUUAUUUUAUCCUAGUAUAUGACUAUAUGUAAUUCUUAAUAAUUAUUGUGCAUUUAUAAUAUUGUUACAGGUUGGUUCUUUAUUAUUUCAUGCAGACAGGGGAGACAACAAUACAGCAGAUCAACAGUGCAAUAAUUAACCACAAUUAUGGCUAUAGUGAGAAUCGUGAUAAGCCUGGUCCACUUAGGGAAUCUGUUUUCCAGGGAGAAUCCUACAAGCUGAAAUACAAUGCCUCCCAGACAAGAUUACUCCUGCGCAUCUUGUCUUUCAUCCUUGGUCCACUCAUAGAUACUAGCAGUGAAUAUUAUUCUUUCCUAGUGGAGAUAAUUCAAAUCACACAGGUUACCACAAUACUAUAUUCAUGCAUGCACGUUAUGGCACUAGCAUCCUCAUUAUCUGAAGGGUUAGCUGUGUCAGUGUAAUCUUAUAGUAAGUACCUUUUCUUUUCUUUUCUUUAGAUUGUGUUUUCACCAGUUAUUAAUGAAGAAACUCUACAACGUUUACAGCAGCUCAUAUUGGACCAUCUCCAGAAUUUCAAAGAGUUAUUCCCAGGAAAGAACGUCAUCCCAAAACAACAUUAUCAGAUUCACAUUCCUUCAAUGAUAAGGUCUCUUGGUCCAAUGAUCCGCUCAUCAUGCUUCACCUUCGAAUCGGCGCACAGAUAUUUUAAAGAAUUGACCAAAAACCAAAGCUUCAAGAACCUGCCCUUAUCAUUAGCCAAAAGACACCAGUUUUUAGAGUGCUGUAAUUUUGAUGAUGCCAAUGAGUGUCCAAGUUUCCAUCCAUUUUUUGCUACUGAAAAACAAUUUCUUGGACUCGAAGAAGUAAGCGGAGAGAAGCUUGUUUACUUGCAGCAAAAAUUUAAAGAAUUUGGGUUGUUGCCAGGAUUUCUCUUACAAAGCGCUCACAAGGCAACUUCUGUGAUACUGCAUGGAACCACCUACACGAAGUCAGCUGUCCUUGCUGUUGGUGCGAGUGGUCACCCUCCUCUUCCAAUAUUUGGAGAAAUACACAAGAUUUGGAUUGUCGGUUCCUACAUUUAUUUUGAAAUAUUCUUACUAGAAACCGAUAGACUAGAUCAUGUACAUCAGGCAUAUCAAGUGCGAAAGAUUGUUCCCGAUGCUUUGCACUUUGUUGGUUCGGAUGGUCUUGUAGACCACAAUGUUUUUCAUGUUAAACAGGACCAUUUUGGUAGGAGUUACGUUGCUGUUAAGUAUGACAUUAUGCACGAGUAUCUAAAGGGCACCAACCCUUUACAUAAUUAA